GCUGGUGCCGACACCGACAUCCUGCCCACAUCCUCGCAAGUUGUUGGCAGAAAACCAGGCCGAGGAGGAGCCAAAAGAGACCUUUUCUUUUUCUGUUCCAGGAGAAACGACGACAGCAGCUCGAGCAGUCACUGGACCAGCCCUGCUGGACACACACAAGUCCACACCUUCUUCCCCCCCUCCUCUUCAUCGCCCAACUAGUUCGCUCUGAAGUCGUCGAGAAAAGUCGAACUCAAUGCGCCUCGUUUGUUUGUCCACGGGAAUCAUCGCCAGCCCCGUUCUCUGAAGGCAUCCGCGGUUUGGAGGGCGACGCUGCUUUCUGACAGGUGUUCGGCUGGACACACUCACGCACUCUCGCACGCACACGGCACGGAGGUGGGGAAAUCAUGCCCAACGGGAAAGACGCACCUGGGACCGCCAACUCCACACAGACUUCCUUACGGACAUGCCUAGAGGACUGCAUGGAGGCCUUAGAUCUUUUCCUCAACAACCACUUCAACGAGAGUCUAGACAAACUGCAGCCACGGUCUAAAGAGAGCAUGUAUCAUGCUCUGAUCUAUGCGACAGUGUUAGAGAUGCAGGCCAUGAUGACCUUCCAACAUGAGGACCUUGUUAGUGCUGGAAAUACGAUGAAGAGCGCCCAGGAGGUGUGCCAGAGGUUUCGUAAGAGGUCUGGUAGUCUGGCAAGCAGAGCAGCGGGAGAUGAGCUCACUGAAGAGGAGCUCCAUGCUGAGGCGUGUUAUGCUGAGUGCUUGCUACAACGAGCCGCUCUCACGUUUUUACAGGAUGAAAACAUGGUGAGUUUCAUCAAAGGAGGAAUCAAAGUACGCAACAGCUACCUCAUAUACAAGGAGCUCCACUCCUUUAUCAGGUCUCACAGCUCUUUUAAAGGGCCAAACCACAAGCACCUGGAAGGAGGGGUAGCGUUUGGAAUCGGUGCUUUCAACUUGACACUUUCUCUAUUCCCUCCCCGGAUCCUCAAGGUUUUGGAGUUUGCAGGCUUUUCUGGGGAUAAGGAAUAUGGACUUUCUCAGCUGUAUGAAGGAGCCACAUCCCAUAACCUGAGGUCUAUGCUGUGUGCCCUGUUGCUGCUCUGCUACUACACCUUCCUCUGUUUUAUUUUAGGGACAGGAGAAGGAGAUGUAGCAGAUGCUGAGAAACUGUUGAAGCCUUUCCGGCUACGAUAUCCACAUGGGGCAAUUUUCCUGUUCUUUGCAGGCAGAGUGGAGGAGAUAAAAGGCAACGUUGACGAGGCAGUGGCGCUGUUUGAGGAUGGCUGCAAGGCACAGCAGGCCUGGAAGCAGUUCCACCACAUGUGCUACUGGGAGCUGAUGUGGUGCUUCACCUUCAAGAGGCACUGGAAGAUGGCCUACUUCUAUGCCGACCUGCUCAGUCAGGAGAGUCGCUGGUCCAAGGUUAUGUAUGUGUACAUGAAGGCUGCUUAUCUCAGUAUGCUGCCUGAGGGGGAGGCGAGGCCGUUUGGAGAGGACGAGGUGGAGCUCUUCAGACAGGUGCCAACCUUCAAACAGAAAAUAGCAGGGAAGUCUCCGCCCACAGAGAAGUUUGCCAUCCGCAAAGCUCGACGGUACAGAGCCAGCAACCCUGUGAGGCUCCCUGUACCUGUGCUUGAGAUGAUGUAUAUGUGGAACGGGUUCUCCAUGAUCAGCAAGCGGCCAGAACUGACGGAAGGCAUUCUGGAAACACUGCUGGAGGCGGAGCGCACCCUGCAGGCUGCUCCAGAUAAUGAGUACACACUGGAUGACAGCUGCUUGAUUCUGCUGCUGAAGGGUUUGUGUCUGAAGAACCAGGGCCGUAUGCAGGCUGCUGAGGAGUGCUUCAACAAAGUUUACAGCAGUGAGAAGAAGCUGAAGUUUGACCAUUACCUGGUUCCUAACUCUCUGCUGGAGCUUGGCCUGCUCUAUGUUGACACAGGGAGGAGGGAGCAAGCCAUCAAACUACUGCAAAAAGCCAAGAAUAACUACAAGGAGUACUCAAUGGAGUCCCGCACUCAGUUCAGAAUCCACGCAGCCUUGUCCAAACUGAAGGCUGACACAAGUGACCAGGAGGAAAUAACAGUCCUGUAACAGCCCAGCUGAAGUACCUCAUUUAGGACUGACCCUUUCGGUGAACUAGCAAACCAAAGUGAUUCGUCCUCCACCAUGUUUCAUCCCUCAGUGUUGCCCUGCAAGGCUAUUUAUAAACGCUCCUUACUCAACUUAGCCUUGGGGACAUCACCAGGGACACCAUACUUGAAGCCUACUUACACGUGAUCAGUACAUUUUAGGGUAAUUGCAAAAGAUUAGAGACAAGUAAUAGAAGAGCCACCUGUGAGUUGGACCUUUAAAAAAAAAAAAACAUUCAAUAGAGUAUUAAAGGCAGAGCAUCUGCAUGAUGCUACAGUCAGUAUGUUUAGAAAGGAGUUAUUUUAUGAACUUUUCAAAGUGCAGGUUUUUUUUUGUUUUUGUUUUUUAUGUAGAUGAAUUCUACUCUUACUAGUCAUUUUUCACAUUUUUUUUUUUCUCCACAGCACAUUCAUGGGUGUUUGUUAACGUGAACGGGACAAUUUUAUUGUGACUAAUAUAUAUUGUGACUAAUAAGCCAAAUAUAAAGCAAUUAAAGGUAGAUCUUAAUUUGACAGCAAGUUUCUUCUAAAUUCGGCAUAUUGAGAUUAUAAAGACACAGACUUUAACUUUUCCCCCCAGAUGUCUUUUGCAAAACUGCAACCAUAUGUCCAUAUGACAUAACUGCAAAUAUGUCCAAAGGAUUGUAGGCACCUGCUCAUCCAGCAUUUCUUCUGAAAUCAAACGUAUUCAUGGUGUCCCCCCCCCACCCCCCACCCCCCUUUUGAUGCAAUAACAGCCUCUACUCUUCUGGGAAGGCUUUACACUAAAUUUCAGAAUACUGCUGUGAGGAUUUGCAUUAGUGAGGUCAGAUACUGAUGUCAAAUGAUUAGUUCUGGAUCUCAAACGCCACUCCAACUCCAAAGGUAGAGCUUCAUUGCUCCAAAGAACAUGGCUCCGCAGUCCACUGCUGUGGAAGCUUUAUAACCCUCCCUGGUUGACUUGGCACUAGGCAUGGUGACAUCAGGCUCACAUGCAUAAUAUAUUUCUAUGAAUAUUGUAACGUGUGAGUGCACAAUUGAACGCUUGUCAGCAAUGUGUGACACCCUGAGUGAAUUCAGCUACUUUUAGGUGCAGACACUUCAGGACAUAUCAUUUGUUUCUAAGAAAUCAAAAGAAGCCUUUAAACAAGUGGCCUGUUCUUGAAUAACGGCUACAUUUCCCCACUAGGAACUCAAAAAACAUUCCAAGAAGGACUAAAGCUUGUGUAAACAGCAUGGUGGCCCUCUUCUUCACUAGUUAGUUCACAGUGAUGUUUCUAUUUAUGUCAUUGUAAAAUGCAUAUAAGACCACAGGUUAAUUUAUGUGAUCUAGAGCUAAUAAGGUACUGUAAUUUUAAUGAAGUUCUGUGUGAAAACCACUGGUUCUUGUUCUUGUAUAAAAUCUGAAGGUUAUGUCUUAUCACUGAAUGUACUGGAAAACUGACUUUAUGGAUCCACUUUUACAAAAUAGCAUAUUGUAAAGAGAAUAAUGAUGAGUAUCUGAAUGUAUCAAGUUAUGGGAUUAUUUAACUGUCACUGCUUCUGCUUAAUGCAGUGUCAACAAUAUGCUCAGUCAUGUACACAAUAAUGUGAACACAGAGGUUUUUGCUUUUGCCCAUUUGUUGCUGUCGCAGUGUGAUAAAGCAGAAACUGAGGCAGCUGAUGAGCAGUAGUUUAUUUGUUAAGGAUGGUAACUAAUGGGGUGCACUUGUUCAUGGGCUAUAAUAUUCCUAUAAAUUCCAAAAAUAGGGCAACGCUGACUGUGUUUAUUGUUCUGUACCUGACGGGGAGUGACGUACAUGAUCAUACUACCAUAAUUGAAACAGUUGAAAUAUUACUGGAAAUUACCUGAAUAAAACUGAAAGAUGGA